GUGCAGUUUUUGCUCCGUUCAUCCGGUGUUGUGGUGGUGUGUGCAGUGUGUGUGUUGCCGCCGUGGAAGUUUGCUCUCGCGCCUCCUCUUCGUUUUAAAGGAUUACACGCCCCGAUGAAGCGCAUCGGGCGACGCAGCGCGCAUCGGCGAAAGUUGUCGCGUCGCCUGUGACGUGACACAAGCUACGUUCACCACCGAUCCUCCUCGGUCAUGCUUUACUCCGUGUUGUUGCCUCGAUCGCUCGGUUUAUGAUUGGUUUCGAUCAUGUCAAAGCUACCGGACCACAACGACUGGGUCAGGAGCUUCUACGUAUCGAAUCCAACUCGGCACAAGAAGGGGUACACCAUCUACAAGGUUGUCUCGAAGGUGUUUCCCAAGAAUUCUGUGGAAGCGGCAUCUCAGGUUGUAGUAUGGAAGAGGUACAGCGACUUCCGCAAGCUCUACAAGGCGCUCCUUCACCUUUACCAAGGCCUUCACUUGAAAGGAAACUUCCCGAAGUUUGCUAAGGCUAGCUAUUUUGGUCGCUUCGACGAAGAAACGGUGGAGGAGCGUCGCAAGGCAGCUCUCUGCCUCUUGGACUUUGCCGCCCAGUAUCCCGUCCUUUUCAACAGCCAAGUGUUCGUGAAGUUUUUCGAGAACAGCCAAGAAUGCCACGAUGAAAUUGAAGGGGAGAUGUCGGGGCUGAGUCCACCCUUGCUUGCACCGCCGUCCAAAUCUAAUGAUUCCUCGUCCAAUCAACGUGUCAACCAUGCUGCUGAUCUUGCGGGUGGUGACUGUUCUUCUGAAGUGUCAUGGGGCCCAUCUUUGACUGCCGACAGCAUCAGCCUGGACUCUCGCACGACCACAGAGGAAGAGGCCGACCGGUCCGCUCGUUCCACGGCCACGGAAGGAGAAGAAGAUGACCCGCAUUCAAUCUCACACCAGACCUCACCCGCAGGAUUUCUCCGUCCUGACAUAGCUGAAUUUGAUCCCGUCCUACAGAAGGAUGUUGACGAUGACCUGACUUCAUUGAGCAACGCAUGGAUCCUGUCGGCUGCUGAUGCCUGUGCUUCCCUCGGAGAUGAAUCUACGCCCACACCCAGUGGUCCUACAUUUGUUUUUCCCAAUCCUGUCAAGGAAACGGUAGAGGAAGAGGCUGACGACUGGACAGAGCUGAAGCUCAAAGAUGCGGAUGAGAGCUGUGGAGGCAGGGACACUGAGCGAUCGAGACAUGAGUCAGCCACAAGUUUCACACCUGGCACACCGGUGUCGCCACUGGAUACGGAGGGUGUCGCUUACCUCCACGAGGCAACCUGCUCUGCUGCCAAAGCGUAUGCCUGCGAAGCCCAAGGCGACUUUGUGGGGGCCUUCUCCCUCUACAAGGUGGCCGUCAGCUGCCUGCUCGAAGGAGUGCAGAGUGAGUGCUGUCUUUGCUGCAUGAAACGGAGGUUGUUGUGCAA